AUGACAGUAGCUUCAGUGGGGCUGCAGCCGGAAACAGGAAACAACCGGAGACAGUCAGAGAUGCAGGUACGGAUCUGGUUCAGAAGGCAGGCAAAGGCAAGUCCAAAACACAAGCCAAGAUUCAAGGGACGGAGACAGCAGCGGAUCCGAGUCACAAGCCAAAGUCCAAGGGCAGGAGAAAACACAAGUCUGGGUCACAAGGGAGAGUUCAGGCAGAAUGAAAAUAAUGACCCCAUCACCACCAAAAUACAGCCGACUACAGGAGAUGGACCCACUACCGAGAGUGAGGAAACCCAACCGGCGACAAACACAGAGGACAAGACAAAGCCAGUGGUACCGAUCUCCAGUCAGAGUGAGGAAACCCAACCGGCUACAGACACAGAGGACAAGAAAAUUCCAGAGGUUCCAAUCACCAGCGAGAGUGAGGAAACCCAACCGGCUACAGACACAGAGGACAAGAAAAUUCCAGAGGUUCCAAUCACCAGUGAGAGUGAGGAAACCCAACCGGCUACAGACACUGAGGACAAGAAAAUUCCAGAGGUUCCAAUCACCAGCGAGAGUGAGGAAACCCAACCGGCUACAGACACAGAGGACAAGAAAAUUCCAGAGGUUCCAAUCACCAGUGAAAGUGGAAAUACUCAAUAUUUAUCAUUUACCACCCCCAUAGACCAAGAAGAAGGACAGACUUUAAAGCCCAGUGCAAUAUGGAGUGAUCUGCUUUCAUUCUACAGUGCAUUAGCUUCGUUUGGUUCACCGGCUACAGACACAGAGGACAAGAAAAUUCCAGAGGUUCCAAUCACCAAUGAAAGUGGAAAUACUCAAUAUUUAUCAUUUACCACCCCCAUAGACCGAGAAGAAGGACAUACUUUAAAGCCCAGUGCAAUACGGAGUGAUCUGCUUUCAUUCUACAGUGCAUUCGCUUCGUUUGGUUCAAUCCCCGAUGCACUAGCAAGCGUUCCAUCAAGCGGUUCCGUUGACCAGCGGUGUGAACUAUCAUUGGAAAGUUUUAAUUACCAUGAAAUGCUUGGAUUCUGGGCCUUCGGGAAGGUGGUGUUGGCCUCUCAUUAUGCCAUGGAACAGCAGAUGGCGAUAAAAAUGUUGAAAAAAAUUUCACUUAAAAAUAACUUCAGUUCUGCUGUUAUAGAGAAGAACAUUCUAGAAGCUUGCAUUGGCAGUCGAUUCAUCACUCAUCUGUUUGGAUCAUUCCAGACGGAGACUUAUCUGGUCUUUGUCAUGGAAUUCAUGAGUGGAGGAGAGCUUUGGGGAUUGAUGUCAGAAUCUUUGACGAUAUUCAUCACUGCGGAAAUAUUAUGUGGCCUGCAAUUCCUGCAUUCUCAUCAGAUUGUACACAGAGAUCUCAAACCGGAGAACAUUCUACUGGACGGCGAAGGACAUAUCAAGAUUGCAGAUUUCGGCUUGUCUAUGGCUGGUGUCACUGAGUCCAAUAGGAUCACCGGACUUGUGGGUACACCGUCAUACAUAGCCCCAGAAGUCAUUUACAACCAGCCAUACUUCACCACGGUGGACUAUUUCUCCUUGGGAGUGAUCGUAUACGAGAUGGCCCUCGGCGAGAAUCCCUUCUGUGUUGGCAUGACGACCGUCAAUGACAUGAUGAUGGCAAUAAUAAAUAAUGAUCCCCAUUAUCCGGAAGACAUGGACUACUUCCUCUCUGAACUCAUAACAAAGCUCCUGUGUAAGGACCAAGAAGAGCGAACGCGACCUGUAAGUGACAUCAAAUGCCACGAUUAUUUCCAGGGGAUCGACUGGGCCGACUUAGAGGAAGGAAAGUCACCCUCGCCAUUGCAAUCAGCAACAAUGAAUAAGAAACUGAUCUAUAGAAGAAUGAAGAUGGCGGAAUUAAUGACCAGCGUAGACCUGGAUCCUCCAAUACAAGCCGAGGACCAGAAGAACUUUGACGGCUUCUCCUACAUGAGCGACAGCAUGAGGCUGCAGAUACUGGCCACCCCUCCCCCACCACCAGAGAGGCAGUGA